AUGUUGAGCGCUGUAGCAGCACGAAAAGCGGCCCUUGCUGCACAAGCGGAACGACAAACACUAGAGUCUCCGACGCCGUCCGGCUCAGGAUCUACCACUCCAGCUCCAUCUAGGAGUGAAACACCGAAACGCAAGUCCACCGUGCAAAAGUCGCGUUCAGCAACUAAAAAGAUUAAGAAAUCGCAGCCGAAAAGCAUGCCGCAACAAACGACGACGGCUGACGCGUUCAGGGAUCAGACGGAUAUCAUCGUAGUUCAGUCGGAAGACGACGGGUCGGAUGAUGCAAUGAGCGGACUGGAAGAGUUUGAUGAGGGCCCUUCGGAUAGAAAUGGGGGAGCAUCGACAAGAAGGGCGUGGUCUCCCAGUCAACCUGUGGCGGAUUCAUCGGACGAAGAUUCUGUCGACGACGAGGCGGAAAAUGCAAACCCUUUGGACAUAUCGACUCUGUUCCCCCAUCUCUCACAUCCGAAACAAGUCCCCACCGAUGACAAUGUACUGUCAACAUUCGAGCCUGUUCUGGAUGAAAAUGUGUUUAUCUUGACAGAAGAUGAAUGCCAUCAACUAGGGUUGGAAGGAAAUGCUACACUUGUUGGUCUGGAUGCCGAUGAUUCCGUCUGCGUGCUAGGAACGUGUAGCCUGGUGGUUCUCCAUGGUUCAAUAAACCUGCUUGGUGCCACCAUCUCUAGUUCAACCGUCAAACACCGUGUCUAUGCUCCACGUUCUGCCCCGCUUCCUGUUAUUCGUCCUGGGAAAGAGACAGGUUCGAUGGUUCAUGCUGACAAGUUUCCACCUCGGCUUCGCGAUGCUCUCCAGCACAAGGCAAUCAUAGCUCUUCAUGAGCUCAAAACAGAUGUCGUUGGCCUGGGACGCAUUUGCCGAACAUUUGAAGGAGUCUUCGAACCCUCCAGAUGGCAGAAGAGUAGUAUUGAGGCCCCGUUCGACAUACCUGGGCUUUACAUGAUUCGCCAACAAUCCAGAGAGUGUCAUGCGUUCUGGAUGCCACCUUCAUGGUCUAAGGCUUUGGAUAUGCUCUCUCCCAAUGAUAAUAUGAUUUGUGGGACUUAUAUCAUCAAAGGCCCCAAAAAUAGCGGCAAGAGUACAUUUGCUCGAACAUUGACAAAUCAUUUACUUUCCACAUAUAAACGAGUCGCUUUUCUCGAAUGUGAUCUCGGUCAAUCCGAGUUUACUCCUGGCGGCAUGGUUUCAUUGAACGUCAUUUCAUCACCAAUACUUGGGCCACCUUUCACGCAUCCGACACUGCCAAACCGUGCUCAUUUUAUAGGUUCAACGACUCCCCGUUCAUCACCCUCGCACUAUCUGGACGCAGUUCUUUCACUAAUACAAGCGUAUCGACUCGAUAUUCAAACACCUACACUUGAUUUUGACGACAGUGAAGAUGAAACCCUGAUAUCAGACGUUAUUCCCAUAGUGGUGAACACCAUGGGCUGGUCCAAAGGUCUAGGAUUUGACCUGACGCAGAAAAUUGAAUCCUUGCUGGAGCCGACAGACAUCUUCGAUAUCCACACACCAGUAAGGGAGGAGUACCCGACAUCAAUCGCUCCAGUAGGUAUUGGGGGUCACAACAAUGGCUAUGGCGCCUAUCACGACCAGUCCACUAUGGAUGCAACGACUGCACGCGUUCAUGUGCUCGAUGCCGUUGUGUCCUCCUCCUCCGCUGCCGGGUAUACACCCGCAGACCAUCGCGCGAUCAAUAUUCUAUCUUAUUUUCAUGCUCGGUUCCCCAUUGACGCCGUCCCUGGCGGGUUCAAUCAAGUAAAUGCCACUGAGUGGGAUGUGUCAAGGCCUCUCUGCGCACAACUUCCGUAUAAGGUCGAUUGUAGCGUCGCAUUUGAUAAAAUCGUCCUCACUGGAGCUGGCAGUGAAGACGUCGUCGAAGAAGAGAUCGCCCGGGUACUGAACGGAGCCAUUGUAGGAUUCAUCAAGUGCGACCCAGGGGCGAUUGAUGUUGACAUCGGAGCUCAGAGCUCAAGAGAUGCACCCCCCAAUGAUAUUCCAUACACUCGCCAGUUCAGCCCCCCAUCACCUCUCUCGUCAGAGUGUGUUGGCCUAGGUCUUAUACGCGGCGUGUCGUCGCCGUCGCCCGCGAUUACAUCCACGGACCAUGCAUCGCCAGAGGGACUCUCCAAGACUUACCUGCACAUACUCACCCCUCUUCCCCAUACUCUCCUCGCGCAAACCCGUGUAUUAGUCAAGGGCGAAAUGGAGCUUCCUGUUUGGGGAAUGCUGGAUUUCCGAAACUUCGAAGGCAAGGAUGUAGACAUGGGGGAUGUGGUGGGCGUCGAGCGGGAUAACGUCCCGUACUUGCAGUGGGGAAAGGCGCCGGAUGGUGCUCUCGGAGCAGAGAAACGGCGGGUGCGAAGGAAUCUGAUGAGGAGAGGUCAGAUGUAA